AUGCCAGCGUUCUUUUCGCGAGUCUUUCGCAGCAAAGACGCCAACGCCCUUAAACACGCAAAACCCGCAGCGGCGGCGGAUUCACUUCCCGCACGACCAAAAUGGUCGGAUGCCUGGGCACGGACCGAAGUGGCCCCGGAAGAAGUCCAGGAUCUCAUUCGAGGGUGUACCCAUGAGAUCAAAGCUCGCGCACUCGACACGCCAUUCCUCCUCCUGCCAUUCCGUCCGAGUUCCGAUCCGAGCGCCGCCCGUACAUUCGUUCGAAAUUACUUCAACCAGUCCUUUGACAAGGGUGCCCCCGUGAGUGGAAAUGAGUUGAUGCAGGAACUGCGGCUCACAGAGCCAAUGGUUCUGUGCAGCGUAUUGAAAUGGUGCUGGAGUCGACUCGCCGGAGGCGUGGUCACAUGGGACGCCUACGAACUGUUCAAGGUGGGCGAACAAGACUCGGACUUUGCCCGUGACGCCUUUGCCACAUUCAUUCCCAUCAGUGUCGAUUCAGAUGCGCGCACAAAGAUCAUCUUGGACUUUUUCGAUCUCUUGGCCGCCAUCGCGGCGCACGGCAAGUCCAAUGGACUCGGAGGCCGAAAGCUCUCCCGAUACGCCGGCUGGUGGGCUUUCGAGCAUACCGAUACUGGCAAGGGAUUCGAAGCUUCUUACAGGAAUUGGGCGGCUGCCGCUGACGCGACAAGUCAUUUAUUCUUCGCCUACCUGCGAUCUCUCUCCCCCGAUACGACGCGAGGCGUAACCGGAAUUUCCUCUUUGCCGCUGUCUCUCCAAACGCUGGUGGAAGCGACGGAGUAUCCUCCCGAAACUCCCACCCUGCUCCAAGUGACCACCACCAAGGUGGUGAUGAUCGUUGAUACCGUCUCGCCCACGCCCUUCGCGCUUCUGCGCCGAGCCAAGAAUUUUGAAUAUCGGGACGAGCAUUGGCACCUGCAGGAGUUUGCCAACUAUGAAGAUCCCGUCAAAGCCUUGACUGAUGAAUGUCUGCGAGUGCUGAAAUGCAUCUCUUCCACCAAUGAAUCCAGCGUGUCGAGCAUCAAACAGUCCACCAGUUUGCGGGACGCUUCGUGGUCUCGCUUUGAAGACAUUGGCUUUGGCGGGUCGAUCGAGUCGGAUGAAGACGAAGUUCCGGCUCGGCCGUCCAUCUCCAAGGCAGAUGUGUUUGGCGGGAUCCGGACCGCGCCGCACUCUCAGGGCGGCGACCUGGGCCGUCCAACCACACCAUCGUGGGCUGACUUUAUGUCCUCGGGCUUUGCGGACGAGAAUCUCAAAGACCGAGUCGGUCCUCUUCUCCUGCCCCCGGAUAAGGUCCUCCCUCCAAUUGUGACCCCUCGAGGCCAAAGCUCCCAAUCCCACCGCCGCACCAUGAGCGCGGACGAUCCGCUCGAGCCCGCCGAGCUGGCCAGUAUCACCAGUCUUGACCUGGAUGAUUCCUUCUGGUGGGUCUGGAUCAGCAGUCUCUCGGCCGACGAGCCCAGUGCUCGAAAGGCAGUCUUUGGUCGGUGCGCCCUCAUCGAGACCCGCAUCCGGGACACCAAGUGGCUUGUUCUGGAAGAGCAGGUCAAGGGCGCGGCGCCCGAGCCCGAGUUUGGGGCUCACCUCGUUGAAAAGAAGCGAUUCUUCAGCUUUGGGAGUCGCAAGCCGGGCGGAAAACUCAGCCGAAGCAAGUCUACCGCGAAAAAGGUUCCUUCCAUUGAGGAAUCGUACAAGCGGACCAAUAACCAGGCUCCUCAAAGCAAGUCAAGUAUUGGGCCGGAUCAGCACAAGCGAAUCCAGGCUGCUGCCGCGGCGCUGCAGAGGAAACAUCGCGAACAAGAGGCCGAGACGAAGCAGGCUCAAAUGAACCCCGGCAGUGACGCGCGAUCCACCAAGACGAACUCGGUGAUGACACUCCAACCGGCCAUCGUGAAUGAAGCCUCUUCGGCGUUGAAGUGGGCAAGUAACUACGACAAGAAUGCGUUCCGGGCAGCCUAUCUGAGUGACACCCGCGCGGGAACGGGUUCCAUCGCGGAUGGAGCUGAAGCCCAUUCGAUCGAUGUUCAGAGAGAACAACCGCCCGCUUCGCCUGCUCCUCCUUCGGUCCGCAGCACCACCAAAACUCCUCCGCCUCCCAAGGAUACGGGAGCUGCGGUGCCACCGGCUUCGCCUUCGCCCUCUCCCGAGCCCGUGAAGCAAGAAGCUCCACGAGAGACAAGUACGGAGAAAAAGAAUGAAAAUGUGAAGACCGUGGUGUUCGAGGAGUCUGCCGAGGCGCCGUCUAAACAAUCACUCGACGAUGCGAGCAGGAAAGCCAAGAAGAAGACCGGAAAUGCUGGGUUCAAGGGCAUGUUUGGCACCAAAAAGAAGAUUGAGCCGUCACAGCCAGACGGAAGGUCAACCAGUGGCAAAGAAACGUCCACGGUGGCGGCGGCCCGUGCCGCGCUGGAGGCCAAGGCUCAAGAAUCGCAAAACGGGCCCAAGUCCUCCCCUAAGCCCGGCGUAAUCAAGAAGAAGCCGGUCCACAAAGCACCUAUUCCUGCUGCCCCGGUCGAAGCUCCUGCCCCCGUGCCUGCACCUCUCGAUUCAGCGUCCGAGGCCAAGCCCGAGCCCAAGAUUGAGCCCAAGGCUGAGCCUACUGUGGAAGGCACCUCGACUCCCGACCCGACGUCCGGGCCUACACAUGAGGAGCCGCGCGCAUUCUCCCCGGCCGCUCCAGGCAAUGGAAGUCCACCAAAAACUCGUCGUGCUGUCGAGUAUGAUGCGCUCUCCCGAGUAGGCACCAGCGAGGCUGCGGCUGCUGCCCAGGAAUUCUCCAAAUUUGACCAGGGUCCCCUCGUCGAUCAACCUGCGUUUGUUCCCGACGAUGUUCUCGUGGACGCCUAUCACGAGGAGAACAAUCUGCCUCAAACUCCACCCAAUGGCUAUGGCAAUGGCAUGCCCGAACAGCACCGACCCAUCCAAGACGCCUCCCCUGGCCGUUUUGCGAGCACCGAAGACCGCUGGGCUCAGAUUCGUCGCAAUGCGGCCGAGCGCCGCGAGGCAGCUACUGCGCCCGUCGUGGAACCUGAAGUGCGGACAAGCCAUUCCGAGCGUACCGACGAAGGCGAUACCAGUGGUGAAGAGACCAUUGAGUCUCGUGUGGCCCGGAUCAAAGCUCGUGUGGCCGAGCUAACUGGCAACAUGGAAGCCGCGCGCUAA